AUGGAUUUUGUCCAAGGCCAUGAUCCCUCCAAACUUGUCUUAUCCGGAGCGAUGAUUAUUUGCUCCUUGCCCGCGAGGUUUUCCUUUUUCCUCUCUGGAUUCACAGCUCCAGCCUACAAUCUUCAGAUCUUCCUAUUUGGUAUAUACGCACAAGAAAAUGCUGGCUCGGCCUUUUUGUCUUUGCAAGCCGUAUGUAUUCCCAUCUUCCUUACUCUUGGACUUGCGGCUCGCCAAAAAGGUGCACAGUUUGCUGGAUUAGGAAUUCGAGGGAACGAUAUUAAC